GAAACGCGUCUCAUCGAUAAGACGGACGACGAAGACGACGACGAUCGCACGCCACACGACGUCCAGUCCACCGGCGCCAUCGAAACCUCACCGACGUCUCCGUGACCGUCCAGAGCAAAGAGUCGCCGUCGUCGCCGUAGUCGCAACCACCACACAUCCCGAGUCCCGAGCCGAGCAAACGUCCACGACAGCAUUCGACACGGUUAUUCGGUCAGACGCGACAUACGACCCGCGACCUAACUACCGCCCACCGCGUGUAUAUUUCGAGACGAUCGUCAUCACCGCGAUUACGACGACGACGAUCGCCGGAAGCACGCAAGGGACGAGCCGCUGCAGCGUGUAUAUCCGCGUGUAGCCCGUGCCACGAGCCUAAUUUUAUAAAAUCAUAAUAAUAUUAUCAUAUUAUUAUUAUAAGAUUGCGAAUUAGAGGCUGACUUGCACACGGAACUCGUCGUCUUGACCACCGUCGUCGUCCUUCUACGUAGGGUCGUCGACGAUCCUGCAGCAGCAGUACCAGCACCUCCGCGGUCGUCGUAUACACAGAAACGCGGCCCGACAGCCAUACCAUGAUAUUCUCGAAAUGCCAGUACGCGGCGUUCACGUUAUUACUGAUUCAGAUGAGAGUGCUGUGCCAAGAGUCGAUCACCACGGAAGGAGGCGUGGUGGUGGGCAGUGGCGCCGGACCAACGGAGCUCUAUCCUAACGGCGAAGAAGGUGUCGACGACGUCGGUAGGGAGAACGUGUUCGUGCUUAAUGACACCAGGGAAGCUCUGUCUCACGACGGUAGCGAACACAAUUCGGUGUUGUUCGUUGGCGACAGUUACGUGCCAGUCACCACUCAGCUCCGGUCCAGACCCAUAUCGCCGGCCGACUCGACUGUGCUUGACUGGAGACUGCAAACCGUGGAAAGUUGGGACGGACGGCGGCACGGCAACAACAAGACGCGCGUGCAACACAUCGAAGCUGAGUGCCAAGACGAUUAUAUGAAAAUUCGCAUCGGUUUCAACGGCUCCUUCGGCGGUCUGCUGUACUCGUCCGGAUAUUCGUAUGACCCAGACUGCGUUUACAUCAACGGCACUGGUCGGGAUUACUACGAGUUUUACAUACAGCUGAACCGUUGCGGUACGUUGGGAAAGAACUCCAGACAAGAGGACGCCAGGAAGAACCCAGCGAAAAAUCUGAUGUGGAAUACUGUAACCGUCCAAUACAACCCGUUGAUCGAAGAAGAAUGGGACGAACACUUCAAAGUGACUUGCGAGUACGGCUACGACUUUUGGAAGACUGUGACAUUUCCGUUUUUAGACGUUGAAGUGGCUACCGGCAAUCCAGUAGUCUUUACACUAUCGCCGCCCGAGUGUUACAUGGAAAUACGGUACGGAUACGGCACUACCGGAAACAGGGUGGGAGGACCUGUACGCGUCGGAGACCCGCUGACUUUGAUCAUCUACAUGAGGAGCAAAUAUGAUGGUUUCGAUAUUGUGGUGAACGAUUGUUACGCGCACAACGGAGCGCAGAAGAAGAUUCAACUCAUCGAUCAAUACGGGUGCCCCGUCGACGACAAGUUGAUCAGCCGAUUCAGAGGAUCGUGGAGCGAAAGCCAAGUGUUCGAGACCCAAGUAUUCGCUUACAUGAAAACGUUCAGGUUCACUGGAUCGCCGGCUCUUUACAUUGAAUGCGACGUCCGGAUGUGUCAUGGCAGAUGUCCGAGUCAACCGUGUCACUGGAGGAAUGCCAAGAGCGUGGCGAAACGGUCCACUGAUGUGGAGGUGGCAACGACCCCAGCAGCCCUUUCACAGAACAUCAACUUAUUCCAGUCUUUGAGAGUGCUCCAAGAAGGCGAAAACGGCGAAGACGCAAGUGCUCUUAGCAACAGGACCACGGGAUACUACACGGACAACAGCCAGAAUUCAGUGUGUGUGAGAUCCGGCUUGCUGGCCGGUCUGCUAGCGCUCGCCUCCACCGUGCUGUGUUUCCUGAGUUUGGCGCUGACCGUCAUGUGUUACCGGUCCAAGCGACUGGUCAAGGGUUGCGCCGACGAUGCGGCUCAUCACGUGAUCGCUGCCGCACCGGCGAGAUGUUUCCUCACGCACAAGGGCAGAAUAAACUGACGGGGGUUGGCGUAAGUCGACUUAACCGCUGGGCAGGGGGGUACGGGAAUCGCAACCUGUUUUUUUUUUUUUUUACAAAAUAUCGUCAGGUACAAAACACUUAACAUUAUCAUAUCAUACCGUGUGUAUACAAUCAACACUCCUCUCAUCACUCGCAUCGAACAUAGUAAUAUUAUAUUUUCUAUAUAUAUAUGUUUUUUUUUUUUUAAUUGUAAUUAUUAGUAUUAUUAUUAUUGUUAUUGUUGUUAAAUGGUAUUGCAGUGCAGACAUUCGGAAGGGGCCGGAGGAUUACCCGUGACUAGAUCGCGUACAGACAGGACGAUUUUCGUAUUCGUUUUAUAAGAAUAUCAUUAUAUUAUAUAAUAUGCUAUGCACACUUAACGAUCGGAUUUUGUUUUUCCCGAGUCGAUAAUUCGUUCUCCCCGACACGCCUGCGGACACUGUAUACGUUAUAGAUGUGCUUCGUAGUUUUUGGUUGUUAGCUCUGUGAUAAUAUCUAAAUAAUACCAAUAUAAUACUCACCAUCAAGCGUCGAUCUGUAAUAUUCGUCUGCUGUUGUUUAACUGAUUAUCCCUCGACUUGUCUGUGUGCGAACGUUCGUCUGAAACACGUGAUAAUAAUAUUAAUAAUAAUAAUAAUUACUGUCCUUUCAAACAUGUCUCACAAGACAGAUAAUAUUUUAAUAAUUUAAGUCAGGUUUAAUGCACUAUUUAUACAAAAUGAACGACAUCUUUAUGUAAUUUUUUAAUCUUUUUCAAUUAUUAUUAUUAUUAAGAAGAAGAAGAGAAUACAAAAAAUGGGCCAUACUAAGUAAAAAAAAAAAGUAAAAAUAUUGUAUCAAUUAAUUCGUAUACUAUAAUAUUAUAGUAGUUGCUAUUUGCUGAUGCUGUAUUAAGCGUACAACAUAUGCGUUCAUACUACUUUUUCUCGUAAACACAAUUAGGUGGCUUCUCUAUGUUCACAGUUUUGAAUAGUAUACAUAUUUAUACGUAUAUCUUUUCCGCACUCGAAAGCCAUUCAUGAUAAUAUUAUCAGCUGUUAUUCAGUUUUUGUGACGAAUGGCUAUGGUCAGCGACCACCUGUUUAUGAUCUUAUGACUUCGUGAUCUCCUGUGCAUUAUACUUGAAUACGCGAAGACAUCCGAAAUGCAAAUUUUUACAUACGGCACACACGUUUCGUCGUGAUUUUCAAUACAGCGAGUAUAGAUUAUUUUCGAGAAAUUCGUCUUGGUACAUCAAUAUUUCGACACGGAACAAUUUAUUAUAACAUAUUAUGCAGUAGAAUCGGUAGAAAUUGUUUGGGUCGCCGAACCACUGACAGAUUCGCCCCAAAUGUCGCUAAAUUAUAAUAAUAUUAUCGCCACGACAGAGCUCCCUCUUGAUCUACAUACCAGACAAAUCAUUGUUUCGCUCACCUACCGUGUCUACCUCUCGUCAACGCUCGCUCCAUAUUCUCUCACGUAGGUAUGUCAUUGUCGAUUCAUUUCAGUUUCAUAGACGAAAUGAAAUCGUCUUAAUAGUACCUAGUUAAACAUUAUAUAUAAUAAUUAUACAUAGUACCUAAAAUCGUAUCUUAUUAGGUGACGUUCUACGAUAAUACUUUGAAACUAUUAUAAUUAUUAAUAAUCCAUUACGUCGUCAUUGCAUUAUUAGUAUCAAUCGUUUCAUAAUAACUGAUGAAUAACUGCUUGAAAAAGAACAAGAAUUUUUCAUUUCACUUGUCGCUUGUAAAUAUUCAUAUAAUAUUAUUGUAUUAGAAACAUCUUCUUAAGUAAGUUAGAUUUGUAUUUUAGAUUAUAGUUAUAUAUAUAUAUAUAUAUUAUUCAGUGUUUGCACGUGCGUAGACACGAUGUGUUAGGACAACCUCUAUCUAACGAGCAACUAAUUGAUGCGAGCGACUAGAACGUGAAAACGAUUAUCAGUGCCCGGGAAGGUAUUAAUUUUAUUAUAAUUUAUUUCCAAAAUCAUUUUCCACGGCAAAAAAAAAUAUUAUUUUUUUCUGCGUGGUUAGGACGAGUGAAUUAAAAUUUAAUAUCAAGUCGUGUAAAAAUAUUUCCGUCAGAAAAUAUUAUGUUGUGCUCUUUAUAUAGGGGUUGUACUAAUAGACCUACUAGUUUUUAAGCUCUGUACAGAGCAUUUAGUGUUUUUGGUAUAAAAACAAAAUGCAUUUUUUUAUAUCAUAAUUCCAUAAUGUUUAAUUUUAAUAUUUAUUAUAAUUAUUUUAUCAGAAUAUUAGUAAUUAUAUAAUAUAUAUAUUUAUUUGAUAAAAUAUAUAAUAUAUAAAUUAUUUUUAGUAACCUAAUAUUAUUAUAUUAUGAUACAUUUAUUUUAAAUAUAAUUUUAGUAUUGAAA